AUGUCAACAACCACGAUUAUAACGUGUCCAGAUCCUCCGAUAGACACUCUGGAUCGCCAUGGAUAUCUCUUCGGCUACCCGAUUGCACAUUCAAUGAGUCCGCUAUUCCAUCAGACAUGUUUCGAUCACUUUGGACUCAAUUGGAGCCAACAACUCCUGCCAUCCACAGACAUAAAACACUUUCUUGAGCUACUGCGGAACCCCAGAUUGUAUGGCUCAUCAGUGACGAUGCCACAUAAAUUGGCUAUUAUCCCAUAUCUGGACGAGUUAACGGCGGAAGCACGCGCGGUCGGCGCGGUUAACACCAUCUUUCGGCGUGGUUCGAAGUACGUUGGCACGAACACCGAUACCAUCGGCGUAGCAGAGAGCUUCUUUCAUAAUACCCAACGACCCGUGUUCCAGGACCGGCCAGGAAUGGUCAUAGGUGGAGGUGGAGCAGCACGUGCUGCUGUUUAUGCUCUAGUCCAGCUUAUGGGUUGCUCUACUGUCUAUCUCGUGAAUCGCGACAAGGCUGAAGUCGAUGCUGUUGUGGACUGGUGUCGAACACAAGGCUACGGGGACGGGCUGAUACAUGUAUCGUCUGCCAAUCAGGCAAAGCAACUUGAAGGCCCAGGGGCUAUCGUCGCUUGCGUGCCGAACUUUCCUCCCAAGACUCCCGACGAGCAAGAAGCCAGACGAGUCACUGAAGUGUUCCUCGAUAAAUCGCGCAAGGGUGCGAUACUGGAGAUGUGCUACCACCCCUCGCCCUGGACAGCGAUUGCGGAGCUCUCUCAGAAGGCAGGGUGGCAGGUCAUACUCGGUACCGAAGCGGUCAUAUAUCAAGGGCUGGAAGCACAGCGAUACUGGACGGGCAAAGAGAUAUCCGAUAUGCCUGUGCAGAAAGUCAAAGACAUUAUUGCUGGGGAGCUGAGCAAGUCACGCUUAUGA